AUGAGUAGACUCCGCGAGGCCCAGGAAAAGGUAAAGGCCGAGCUGGCCGCCCAGAUAUCUAACUUGGAGGCGGAGAUCACGGCUUGCUGGGUGGAGCUCCAUGUAAGGUGGCUGGAAAAAGCCGUCCGUGCGCUGCAGACAGUGCACGACGUCGUCGGUGACAUUGGGGUGUGCACCGACGAGAGCACUGAAGGAGAUUACGAUGAGACUGAAGGCGCCGAUGAUGCGGUUCCGUUGCAGCUACCUACAUUUCGCGAAGUUGUCCGUCACAUUGGGGUGUGCACCGACAUGAGCACUGUAAGGGGCAACGGUGAGACUGGCGGCGUCGGCGAUGGUGAAGACGUGUUAACCGAAGGCGUCGAUGAUGCGGUUCCGUUGCAGCUACCUACAUUUCGCGAAGUUGUCCGUCACAUUGGGGUGUGCACCGACAUGAGCACUGUAAGGGGCAACGGUGAGACUGGCGUCGUCGGCGAUGAUGAAGACGUGUUAACCGAAGGCGUCGAAUACGCGGUUCCGUUAGUGCUACCUACAGUUCGCGAAGAUGUCCGUCACAUUGGGGUGUGCACCGACAUGAGCACUGUAAGGGGCAACGGUGAGACCGGCGGCUUCGAUAAUGCGGUUCCGUUGGCGCUACCUACAGAAGAUGUCCGUCACAUUGGGGUGUGCACCGACAUGAGCACUGUAAAGGGCAACGGUGAGACUGGCGGCGUCGGUUAUGCAGUUCCGUUGGCACCGCCAACAGUGCGCGAAGUCGUCCGUGACAUUGGGGUGUGCACCGACGUAAGCACUGGAGGGGGCAAUGGUGAGACUGAGGACGUCAGUGACGAAGCAGCAGCAGCCAAGGGAGACAACAGUGGCAAGCCGGAUCCUGACCAGCAGGGAUUGUCCAGUUUUCAGAGUACGUCAGAAGAAUCGUCUAGCUACGGGAACUAUGUCGGCAUAGUCCUUACAGAGUUGCCCAAGAGACCUGCCGGCAUAGUCCCGCAGGAGUUGUCCAGUUUUCGGAGCACGUCAGAAGAAUCGUCUAGCUACGGGAACUCUGUCGGCAUAGUCCUUACAGAGUUGCCCAAGAGACCUGUCGGCAUAGUCCCGCAGGAGUUGUCCAGUUUUCAGAGUACGUCAGAAGAAUCGUCUAGCUACGGGAACUCUGUCGGCAUAGUCCUUACAGAGUUGCCCAAGAGACCUGCCGGCAUAGUCCCGCAGGAGUUGUCCAGUUUUCGGAGCACGUCAGAAGAAUCGUCUAGCUACGGGAACUCUGUCGGCAUAGUCCUUACAGAGUUGCCCAAGAGACCUGCCGGCAUAGUCCCGCAGGAGUUGUCCAGUUUUCAGAGAACGUCAGAAGAAUCGUCUAGCUACGGGAACUCUGCCGGCAUAGUCCCGCAGGAGUUGUCCAGUUUUCAGAGUACGUCAGAAGAAUCGUCUAGCUACGGGAACUCUGUCGGCAUAGUCCUUACAGAGUUGCCCAAGAGACCUGCCGGCAUAGUCCCGCAGGAGUUGUCCAGUUUUCAGAGAACGUCAGAAGAAUCGUCUAGCUACGGGAACUCUGCCGGCAUAGUCCCGCAGGAGUUGUCCAGUUUUCGGAACACGUCAAAAGAAUCGUCUAGCUACGGGAACCCUGUCGGCACAGUCCUUACAGGGUUGCCCAAGAGACCUGUCGGCAUAAACCCACAGGGACCUUCCAGAUUCGUAGAGUCGUCUAGCCAUGGGAAUCCUGUUGGCAUAGUCCAACAUGGAUUGCCCAACUUUCCCACUUCCAUAGCCCAUCAGGGAUCUUCCAGGUUUGAAUCGUCCGGCUAUGGGAAUCCUGCUGGCAUUGCACCUAGGCCGAGCAGGGAUUGCCCAGUUAUGGGAGUAAAUCGAAGUGAGUCGUCCAGUCGCCGGUUUCCCUCUGGUGACACCCAGAGGAACCAGUUUAGUCACGGCGACCCCUCGGUAAACCGCCAGAGCAGUGCAUGCGGUUACGGAGUCGUCGCGAGUGUACGCCAGAAGAUCUCGGAGGAUGGAUCUCGGGGACCUUUCAGGCGUGGCUCUAAAGGGUGGCGACCCUCAAGUUCUCGCCGUUGGGAGCGGUCCCAGCGGUGGAAAUUAAGUAAGUGUGUAAGCGAGCGUGGGGGCCUGAAGUAAUUAUCUAUUUAAAGGGUGGGGGUGGGUACCUUUAAUAGUUCUCUGUUUUUCUUGUUUUAUUUUAGUUGUGUUUCGCUCCAUUUAGUGUCAGUGAAGUGUAAACUUGUUUCCAUUAGCCCUUUAUUGGCCUCGCCCACCAGUCCAUUACUCUUUUGGUUCUUUUUAUUUGUGUACGGUCUCCUGUGAGUAGAACUCACUGGUAGGUUCUUUUCAUUUUUCUUGUUUAAUAUACCUUCUUUUUUUUUAUAUAAUUCAGAUAUUUUUUGUAAUGUAAAGUUUGGCUGGUAGGAUGUAGUUGCACGUUGGCCACUGUAAGGCGGUGGUUGUAGACCUGACACUCAUACCUCGGCUUCCCCUUUUUGUGUACAUCAUUCAUGUACUCUUAUCAUUUUUUGUCUCGUCGGAUUGUUUAGUAUAUCUGUUUAUUCAUGUUUUCCUGAUUGGGAGUGGAUAUGCUGAAGUUGGUAUUGCCACCCGGAAAUAAAUAGAGAAUAAAUAAAGAUCAUUAUAAUUUUGUUAUUAGAUAUUAAAAAAAUAUAUUAUUUAUAUUAAAUUUUUAUUAUUUCUAUUUUCGUGCCCGGACUGAUGGUGUGUUUUCACCCAAAUGUAACACGCAUAAGGUCGUAAAUAGGUACGCGUAGCCUCGCUAAAUACUGGCGGGUAGUUGGCGGUAGGGCGAGAGAUUCAGGCAGUAAUAAGUUGCAUCUAGUGUAGUCUAACGGUGAGCUCUUUCAGCCCACUAUUAUUGGUAGUUCUCUGAAAAUCCGGACUUGUGAGCAUGUCACUGCCGUGGGAAACUGUUGCAUACCACUCCCUUUGGUGUUAUUGUAAUUUAAAUAUAAAUAAUAAUUUAUGUUGUUAUUUACAGCCACCGCCAUGGCGAUCAACAUAGUUGUGCGUAACCCUGCACCCCCCAGUCUCCAGUACAUUAAUUAUGUCAGUGUUUCUUUUCUGUAGCGUGUUUUGCUGUCUAUCCAGGCCGCUGUAAUGGUUAAUUUCAAUGCUGUAGCUGUUUGCAGCCGAAGGCUGUUAAUUGCUCCACUUUGUAGAUGAACUGGCAGGGCGAGCCCAUUUAUCCCAGAGUCCCUUCUUUCUUGUUUUUGUAAUAUUCCUGAUUUCGUCUAUGCACGAGUCGCCCACUGCAGUACACUAUAAAUCAAAAUAACACUGUUUGCAAAAGUUUUGUAGAUAUUCUUGUCCAGGAACAUAAUAAUAAUAUUAGAUGUUAAUAUGUCUAUAACAAAAUCACAAUAAUCUGUAUGCAUGCAUAUUAAAAUAUUCUUGGUGGUCGUACGAAAACCGGCCAAUGGGUUAAAAUUAGUUGUGGUCUAUCUAGGGUUGAGGCCCCCAUUCUGCGCACGUUGUGGCGUACCUGUAGUUUUGAAACAAUUAGGUUGUCCCGACUUUGGGGAGUCUGGGCACUGUCAUAGUUCCGCUAAGUCGCUGCGUCUAGGCGUACAUCGCAUGGCAAAGGCGCCCUCCUUGCUUACGAAAGGGGCAUUGGGGUCCGAGAGAUAGUCAAUAUACUUCCUUGGAGUGCAUGGGACGGCUUGGGCGCAGUGGCUUUAGAGUACGUUGCAUGGCAAAGGUGCCCUCCUUGCUUACGAAAGGGGCAUUGGGGUCCGAGAGAUAGUCAAUAUACUUCCUCGGGUGCGACGGGACGUCUGUGGCGGACUGACUAUGACAUUCGGUGGGACGAUUCCUUUGUGAGUAUGGGGUCGUCCCAAAAAGAGAAAAGUGAGGGGAGUGUAGUGCCAGUGCCACGCCCCCCUGCAGAGUGGUACCCGGCUUGCGUCGCUCAUGUGACGGGACCAUGCUGCAUGAUGUGGAGCCAAUGGGAUGGACGCAGAUGCCUGAUGGGAUGACCAUGCUCUCUUGCUACCCGGUCCGCGGACGUGUGCAGACGUGUUCCCUGAGGUGAGUAUUACCAGGAGGAUAGAUGCCCUGAUGUAAGUAUUUCCAGGAGGAUAAGUGUAUUAGCCUGUGACGUAAGUAUUAGCCUGUGACUUAGUGUCUUGCCCUGGAGGUUUAGCCUGUGCGUGGGGUAGGUAUUCCCAGGAGGAUCGGUGGUGUGCAGCCGACGACGACGACAGCAGACGAGUGUUUCCCUCGAAGUGUGGACUGCCGAGGACGACGUCUGCCAUCCUGACAAGGCUUCCAGUCGACGACCAUAGAAAAAUUCUAAGAAUACCAUUUCGACCAGGCGCAACAUUUACGGACAAAGGGCUUGCUAUGGCCCGUACUAUGCUUCAAUCACGGGGAAACCGGCUUCCUGGUCUCAAUAUUGAGAAGUUCACAUUUGUUUUGACGGACGGAAUGUCAACAGAUAGGAAAUCAACAGCGGCGGAAGCUUUGAGUCUUCGAUCUUUGUCUACGGUUGUUGUCGUAGGUAUUGGCCAAAUGGUGUCACACGAAGAACUUCAGAGAAUUGCAUCUCCGCCUGACGAGUUUACUAUGUCCUAUGUAUUCGCGGUGAAGAACUUCGACUCGCUACAUUCCUUGAUUGAUCGACUUAUAGACGCUACAUGUGGAAAAUGUAGCACAAGAAGUCGGACAGAUAUCAUAGCGUUGAUUGAUGAUCUUUCGACCUCAAACAUGACAUCUUCUGAGUAAAGUUUAGCUUUGAAUGGUCUCGCAUACAUAUUGCAACAUUUGGCGGCCUAUGGCAAGGUCAACGGUCAACGCUUUGGCGUUUUACAUGUAGACGAUAUUGAAAACAAGUCUUUACCUUUGUCAAAUAAUCUGACCAUGGACCAAUUGCUUAGUUACAUACAUCGUAUUCGCCAGUAUAGCCACACCUGCUCGUUAACUGGUUGUGCAGCGAACAUAACUCGAAAUAUCUCAACAGCUAUGAAUGAAGUAAUUCUCAACAACUUCAUUAAUACGGAUCCAACAGCAAGAAAUGUAUUAUUGAUUUUUACGUCUGGUCGACUUGACAACCUAGGUGCUGUCAUGACAGAGGUCGAAGCCAUUACUCGCGAUACAGGCGUUUACGUAUUUGCUAUCGGCGCCGGGUACGACUCAAACAUUGAUGGACUGCAAGCAAUUGCUCAGAAGCCGAGCAAUGUUUUCAUGAUGUCAGAAGACAACUUAGAGACACUUGACGUCAUACAGUCCCAAUUAUCGUACAUUACCUGUUCAUAGGAACUUAAUAAAGCACGCAAUUCAGAAUAUAUAUCUAUCAAGCGAUCUUAUAUUUGUAUAAACAUAUAAAACGCUGAUGAUUAUCAUAUUUAAAAAAAAAUGAGAAAAAGUAGUACUAGCAAAUACGUUUCUGCUGCACAAACAAAAUUAUACAAGACAUGUAUACAGUUGAAGGAAAACGCGAUCAAUAUGUGCAUAUUCGCUCACACCACACAUAGACGCAAUUAAUGUUACACUUCUUGUUUGUUAUAACUGCUGGACAAGUAAACAAUAUUUUGAUUGAUUAUGCUGUAUAAAGAUUGUUAAUUAUUUUAUAUCUAUUUCGUUGAUCAUAGUUCAAUGUUGGUUAAAGAUUGCGAAAAUAAAAUGCAAUAACAAGGCGGCAUCAAGAUGUCAUUUUUGCGCUUGAUCGACAUUGAUUGAUCUACCAUUUUUGUACGAAACAAAUUUCUAUAUCAAAUGCAUACAGAUUGGAUUUGCAAAACCAAACCAAUAUAAAUGUUUUAACAUAUAUUUAAUUUGAUUAUAAUUUAUUUAAUAUAUGAUGUAUUAAGUUUAACUUGUUAAUUGAGUGUUCCAAAUAAACGUAUUUUCUGCAAAAGAUAGACUAAUAAAGUCCAGUUUGAGUU